UUCGUUUUAAUCAACUCAAGAUGGGCAAUCAAAAUGGUUUCUGCGUUUUAGCUGCCUGUUUGGCCAUGUUCAUUGCAUCGAUAGAUGCCGUGUUGAAACCUAUACCACUACCCGUGCCAUGUUUCAAGCCUAUUCCAAUACCCUGCCCGGUGUCAUCCCAUUUAGGGUCCGAUAGUUUGUCGGCCAAACUAAACUCAUUGCUACUGGCAAAACUGAUCUUGAAAAAAGGUUUGAAACCAGUACCCGCUCCAUACUUGCUGCCUAGCUGCAUUCCUCCAAAGCCGUUCUUACCACUUCUUCCACCGCCACCACCGUGCGUUUCACCUUUGCCUUACCUGCCACCAUCAGUCCUGCCCUUUUUGGCCCAGCCAUGUACCCCUUCUAUACUUCCCCCGUUAUCCUUACCAUGUCCAUCCUAUUCUCCAUUAGCUUCCAUAGCCCCCUUACUCGCCUCUUUAUCUUCCCCUUGUCUACCACCACCACCUACUCCAUGCCAAUCUUCCUCAUCCAUCGCUUCCUUACUCUCCUUACUCUCGUCUUUGACGCUUCCAAAUCCCGUUCCAACCUGCCAACCUACGCCACCCCCGUUGGAACUAAUUCCGAUCCCGACCACACCGAUCGCUCCUACAGUUCCGUUUCAAUCAGAGCUAUUAUUGCUCUCGCUCAUUUUAUCUGCCCCCAACACCUUGCCACCGCCAUCUUGCGGGUGCCAACAGUUGUGUUCACCACCCCCUCCAGUCUGUGGUUGUUAGCUGAUCACAUAGUUUAAAAGACUGAAUUGCUUCAACAUUCGUUACUCACGCUAUUAUUAUUAUUAUUAUUAUUAUUAUUAACGUUAUUAAAAUUAUUAUUGUCGUUAUAACUGUUAUAUUAAUAUUGUAAUAUUAAAACCUCGAUUCUAAUCUAU